CCCAGGCAAUAGCAAUAGGAAUCCUCUGUUACUUUCAGUUUUGAGUCUGAGCUUUUUUUUUUCCCCUUUGUUAGUUUCAGUUUUGAGUCUGAGCUUUUUUUCCUGCAGUUUCUUUCAGUUUUGAGUGUGAGGCUUUUUUGGCGCUAUAGGAAGGGACUGAGGCUGUUACCCAUGGCUGAGAACAACCAAGAAAACAAGAAACCACUUAAGAUGUUGGAAGCCUUCAGCAAAGAUGUCAUCAACGAAUUUUUUAAUACCUUGUUGGAUAAAAAUGUGGUGAAAAUAAAGGAAGAAGAAAAGGAAAAAUAUCAUAGUGCAGGAACAAAAGACAAGGCCCGGAUCUUCGGAGCCUCUUUAAAAGAGAAACAGGAGGAGGCAGCUCGAUUGCUUAUUGAAAGCUGCCUUUACCUGGAGGAAAAGCCCACCAACAAAGAAGCUCCUCCGAAUACCAAGGCUGGACCAGCUGAGGCAGCAGAACCCACAGAUACCCUCAAGCUCUGCCCUCAUGAAGAUUUCCUGAGACUGAGCAAAGAGCGGGCUGCAGAGAUCUACCCCAUAAAGGAGAAGGCAGACGGGCGCUCUCGCCUGGCUCUCAUCAUAUGCAAUACAGAGUUUGACCAUCUCGCCCCCAGGGAUGGGGCUGACCUGGACGUCCAAGGGAUGAAGGGGCUGCUCGAGAGCCUGGGCUACAGCGUGGAUGUAGAAGAGAAGCUCACAGCCGAGGGCAUGGAGUCUGCGCUGCGCACCUUCGCCGCCCGCCCCGAGCACGUGUCCUCGGACAGCACGUUCCUGGUCCUCAUGUCCCACGGUGUCCUGGACGGAGUCUGUGGGACCGCGCACCGCCGGGAGGCCCGGGACGUGCUGCCUUAUGACACCAUCUUCCAGAUAUUCAACAACCGCAACUGCCUCGGUCUACGAGACAAACCCAAGGUCAUCAUCGUUCAGGCCUGUAGAGGAGAAAACCGGGGAGAAGUGUGGGUCAGAGACUCUCCGGAAGCCUUGGUGGUCAACGCUUCACAGUCACCUGACACCCUGGAGGAUGAUGCUGUUCACAAGACCCACCUGGAGAAGGACUUCAUUGCUUUCUGCUCCUCCACCCCACAUAAUGUGUCCUGGAGAGACACGACUAAGGGCUCCCUCUUCAUCACACAGCUUGUUGCAUGCUUCCAGAAAUAUUCCUGGCGCUAUCACCUGGAGGAGAUAUUUCGGAAGGUACAGCAAUCAUUUGAAACACCAAGUGUUCGGGCCCAGAUGCCCACUGUUGAACGACUAUCCAUGACAAGAUAUUUCUACCUCUUUCCUGGAAACUGAACAUAGAAGCGACAGGCAGCCUCGCCCUGAGUUUUCAACUUCAUGAAGCACUUUUACCAGUAUAUUGUACAACACAUGCAUUUAACCUUUUUAUUUUCCAAUCCAAGUUUUCUGAUACAAAGUGUGAUGUCAGUCUUAUAUUUUUUCCUCUGCCUUUUGCUCUGGCUAUUUAAAAAGUUACUUAUUGGCCUGGUGUGGGGGACUUGGGGCUGUAAGCUUAGCACCCUAGGAGGCCGAGGUGGGUGGAUUUUUUGAGCUCAGGAAUUCCAGACCAGCCUGAGCAAGAGUGAGACUCGGUCUCUACCAAAAAUAGAAAAACUGAGGCAAGAGGAUGGCUUAAGCCCAAGAGUUUGAGGUUGCUGUGAGCUAUCAUGAUGCCACAGUACUCUACCCAGGCCACAGAGUGAGAUUCUUUCUCAAAAAUAAAUAAAUAAAUAAAUAUAAAAAGUUACUCAUCACUGGAUUUAAACAAGUAAAUUAUGAUGCGUUGUGAAUAGUUCUCUCGAUUUGCUUGUGCUUAGGGCUCGUUAUGGAUUCUUGGGUCUCUUCAUUUACAGUUUCAUCAAAUUUUUAAAAAUAAACAUGUUCUUUGAAAAUGGA